AUGCCCGUUCGCCCGCAACUCGAAGGCUCAACCUUUGACGCCGACCUUCGCGAUCGCCACCUCAUCUACGACUACGCCGCCCACGACAGCAAUGGCAACCCGGAGAAAUGGCGCUACGAGUUUUGGUUUUUCAACGAAGAUCGCGUGGUGUACGCCAUCCACGGCGGGCCGAUGGCGGGUCGUAAGAACUUUCAGGCUGCGACUUAUCAGUGUAUCCGCCCCGGCGAACUAUGGCAGGUGAAUUGGCUGGAGGAAACCGGGACUAUCUGCUCCCUCGUCUUCGAUAUCCCCCAGAAGCGGAUAACUACCUUGUUGGGCUUCUCGAAGGGACAUUGGACCCAGAAUGAGGCUGCACAUGGCGACAAGCGCAACCCGGCGGAUUUCGCACGCUGGCGGGAAUUGGCCAAGAUCGGGUCCUCGCAAGCAGAUCGGGUGAUGUUGAGCGAGCAGGCCGAAGUUCUGGAGGAUUUUCGUGGCGCGGGAGACUUGGAGCCGAUUGACGUGUCGUGGCCCACUCUGUGA